AUGGUCAAUGUACAUCGAAGUUGCAAGGAGAAUGUUGUUGUCAUGAACGCUGAGAUGAAUCGAGACAUAUUAUUUGGCAUACAAGCUAACGAUGUCCAUAUAAGUAAUCCGUAUAUCCCCUCUAGUGAUGAUCAUGUUUCUCAUUCACAAAAUCCAUCGUAUUCACAAAAUAUGUCGCGGGAAGUUGAGAGCUCUAAUAUGAUUCCUAUUGCAUGGCACAAUGCUAUUAGAAGUGUUGGUCAAGAAUUUGAUGAUGUUGAACAUUGUCGGCGGAGUUUAAGUAAUUACUCUAUUGCACGAGGAUUUAACUUUGAAUUUGUAAAAAAUGAACGCAAAAGGGUGACAGCAAAAUGCAAGGCCGCAAACUGCGAAUGGAUGGUUCAUUGCACCCGUCGUAGAGAUAAUGAUCGAUUCUAUGUGAAAAAAAUAUAUAGUUCUCAUAGUUGCUUGGGAGGAGGCAUAGGAAAGGAAGGAUAUCAACGGGCAUCUCGUAAGUGGAAUGCUAAUCAACUCAAGACCAUAUUGAAGGAACAACCCACUUAUCGCCCAAUUGAUUUCCAAAAGAAGCUUAAAAUGGAAUUUGGUUUGGACAUCCCUUAUCAUAGAAUUUGGUGGGGAAAAGAGCUAGCUCAACGAUAA